GUAUCAUGCCAAAUAUCGGAAUGUCACCACGCCCUCUAUGAGGUGGUAUUUAUACGUUUUGUAGAUUUCAUUUGAUAUAGAAAUUUCUUACAUGUCUCCAAAUAAGAUAUUUAUCUUUCUUGGUAAACCUUAAUUAAAUAGUGUAAAUUUGUGUCAAAGACUUCAGAGGACUGAAUUGUACUAAUUCCAGUUUGAAACUAAACCCCUAGCUAUUAAUAUUUCAAGGAAAAUGAAUUUCCUUGUUGGAUUAAUUUUCAUGUUUCAGUUCAACGAAAUGUCUUGUUGUUCAAACAGUAAGAAUACGUGUGGCUAUAACUGUUAUAGAACUGAUGGCGGAAAUUGCACAGAGUGUGAUCUAGGUUGGUUUGGAGUCAAUUGUAAUAAGAGUUGCAUCAAUGGAUUUUAUGGGAAAUUGUGUAAAACAUCCUGUGAAUGUGAAACAUCAAUGUGUAAUAAAACUACAGGCUGUCCGACGUUAUACAAGCUAAAGAAUAGUCAAGACAGUAUUAGUGGAACCCCUAACUGGAGUUUAAUCGCUUUUGUCGCAAUAGGAACGAUAUGUGUUCUAGCAGCCGGAGGUUUUCUUUGUAAACAUCGUAAUUUCAACUGUAGUCCUUUACAACACCAGAAAAUAAUAACAGUUAGCCACCACUCUUUAGAGAGUCAGCCAGAUGGACCAGACCCAAUGCGUAGACAAGAGGAAAACUCUUUCCACCACGAUACGAGAUUGCCGUCCAUCGCUUCACGGGAAAUAGACCCCCAGUAUGAUACAGCGCAAGCACAUGAUUACAACGUUCUAAGUCUUCGUACCAGAGAUCAAAAUUAUAGUUUCCUUAAUCAAGACUUUAAUGACUUGUAUUGCGAUGUGAACCUGGAAACAUCAGCUCAAUUAAGUCGAAACAUGUCCGUAAAUGUGAGAGAGGACGAGGAAGAAAAUAAAUGGUACAGCGUUGCCAUUAUGAUAAGAGAUGAUGAAAUUGGCGGUCACGAUACCAGCAUAUAAAUGAAUCGGGGGAUCGUAAACAGAAUUAGGGAGGUACCAUGGUAUAUAUAACGGAAACUCAUUGAAGUACCAAAAAUUAAUAGCUAUUAAAUCACACAGAACUUAAAUAUACAGUUUUCCAUGACUAAUAAUCAAUGAUUGGAGUGAUAUUGCUAUUACUUAACCACGUUGUUCAUUAGACUCCCAUACGUUCGGUCGGUAAACAAAAAGUCGACAGUUUGAAUAGUAAUAUGGGCAAUGUUAUACAAGCUCAAUUCAAGCAUAUUUAUGCAAUUUUCAUUCAGAAGUUGUUCAAGAGCGGAUGUGUUCCCAUUCUAAAUCAAAUUAUUGACAUGUGCAAAGGUAUCUCUACACGUAACGAAAGCUUUUCUCAAGCUAUCGUCAAACACGUCUGAGUCUGCCUCGUCAAUUUCAUCAUCAUUACGUGGUAUUGCACUUCUCUUAAUCUUUUUCACUUCUUUAUGCAAGGUGAAGAUAACGAACAGUGAUCAAUCUCAUAACUCCUACAAGCAAUACAAAAUAGAUAUUUCUCUUAUCGAUAUUUACUUCGCAAUAUUUUUGCUAUGAUGUGUCUGUUAGAAAUUGCACCAUUGUUUGAUUAUACCAAUAUCAGAAAAAGUACAUCAUAUACCCAGUUUGUAGUAUAUAUAUAAACAUGAUACGGAGAGCAUAAUACUGAUGCAGUACUUGCACGUUUGGCAUUUUUACUGCCUCGUGCCUACCUCUAUACAUUUUGUACGCCUGUGAUUUCGGUGUGCUUGUGUCAAUUGUUUCUAUUUUUCAUUCAUCCCCCUUUGUAUAAGUGUUGUUUGUCGUCCCUCUACCUUCGUUUGAUUGCAUCAUAUGAAUAUAAAUGAUUUCUGGGUUUUUUUUUCACUUUCCUACAUGUGCAUUCUAGCGUCAGCAACUUGAUGACCAUUUUCUUAAGUACUAGCGAUUGUGAGUGUCAUCUAUUCUAUGUGUCUCGAAGUGUAUGUGUUUAUGUCAAUUAUUACUUUUAAGUUAUGUAGGCACAUCUAUUUGUAAAUAUGUUUAUAGUCGGUUAAAGAGACCGAUUGAGAUCACGUGUAUUAUUAGAUGUAUGACUGUAUGUAUGUGAUGACUAUAAAUAAAAUUUACUUAUUCUGCUUA